CUAUUAAAAAAAAUAAAGACACAUGGAAAAGCUGAGGAAACAAAAACCUAUUCUGAAAAAUCGGUUCAAGAUAAUAAGAAAAAAAUUACUAAUAAAUAUGAAGAGAUGAUUAAGAACGACAAGAAAUUAAUUGCAAAGCCUGAAGGUGCAUCCAUUAUUAAACCAAUGGAAUUAAGAUUAAAGUAUGGCAUUUGUUUAUCAUGUCGUAAAGAAUUAGAUGUUGGAGAUUGGUGUAAAGGUUGUGAAGCAAAAAAAUUCGAACAAAAUUUUAAAAAUUGGACGAGUGAACAUCCAAAAAUUGAUCAAUUGAUUCAAGAAAGUCAAUUAAACGCAACAAAUGGUUUAGAUUAUUCCGAAUGGAUUGAUUAUAGAGAGAUCGAGGGUCUUGAGUAUAUAACCGAAGGUAGAUUGUGUAAAAUAUUUAAAGGUAUAUGGACCAAAGGUCCUAAACAUCGAAUGGAUCCGAAAAGCAACAAGUGGAUUAAUGUUCCUAACGUAACUGUCGCUUUGAAGGAAAUGGGUAAAGGAAUGAAUUUGGAUCAAUUUUUAAGAGAGGUUCAAAACCAUCAAAAAUUUUUGCGUGAUCAUGAAAGUCACGUGCUACGAUGUUUUGGAAUCACAAAAUCUCCGGGGGAUGACAUAGAAAUCACAAAAUGGCUAAAGGAUAAGGAUUCACGUUAUAAACCAAACCCGAAUUCUUAUAUUAUGGUCAUGGCGUGGGCAAAUGAUGGUAAUUUACUUAAUUAUAUUGAAAAUAAAGCUCAUGAUGAAAAAUUCACUUGGUAUAAGCGUUUGGAAAUGUUAGAAGUAUUAUCGGAUGCCCUUGAAAGAAUUCAUAGUAAAAAUAUGGUUCAUAAGAACCUUCAUUGCGGUAAUGUUUUGAUGGAUAAUAAAGAUAUUUUUCAAUUUCCAGCUAUAUGUGGUCUGGCAUUGUGUAAUCAAACUGAAAUUCCAGUAGGCGUAAUUUCUUUUAUUGCUCCCGAACAUCUGAAUGGAAAUUUAAAGUUUACAACUGCUUCAGAUAUUUAUAGUUUUGGAAUUAUUAUGUGGGUAAUUUGCUGUUGUAAAUUACCUUAUAAAGAAUAUAAGCACGAUUCACUUGCAGUAAUUAUGAACGUAGUUAACAGUCCAAAAAUUUCGAAAGAUAUCCCAACAACUUACGCAAAUCUUAUGAAAAGAUGUUGGGAUGAUGAUUCAAAAAAACGUCCAAAAGCCUCGGAAUUAAGAAACAUAUUUUUAGAAUGGAAAAAGCACUAUCAUUCAAAUAAUAGUGAAUUUUUAAUUGCUGAAGAAGCAAGAUUAAAUAGGAUCAAAAAUCCUGAUUUAUUUGAUGAUGUUUUAAGUUUAUAAAAAAG